AAUAAACUCUUACACUGUUAAAUAUUAACCCUAACCCACUAAACUCACCCUAACCCUAACCCCUAACCCUUAACCCUAACCCUAACACCCGCUACACGACCGAGGACGUUUAGAAAAAACAUUUAAAAUUAAUUGGCUACUUAACCUAAAUUGUUCAAAGCUAUAUUUUAGAGAGGAAUUUAGUUUAACGUUAACCCACGAUGUCUUAACAUGAUAUGAAAUAAACGCUAACGUUCGGGCAGGUCUGCUUAAAGUUUGCAAAAAACGGUGACUUGUUAUAAAUACCAAUAAAUUUGAAUCUGUCCCCAAAUUUAGAAACAACGAGUCAGCGUAAACACAUUUUAAUAAAAGUAGCAAUGGCAUGAUGACUAAUUUGUGAAAUUUUACUCAUCAGUCUCUCCUUCUCAUGCGCCAUGUGAGUGUGAGAAAAUGGCUGCUGACAAAUUCCUUCACGGGGGGUACCUGUCCAAGUACCCGGAUGUUCAAAGUGUCACCCAUUAGUGUUAAAUACCGUCAACUCCGUGAUUUGACACCAACACUCUUAUGUUUCACUAGCGGAGAGUUGAUACUACCAAAAUCAACACCAAUACAUCAACACUUCACUCUGAAAAAGCCUAACACCAGCAUUUUAACACUGAUGAAUUUGCUGUGCAGUUUUAGUCUGUGAGGCAGACACCCUGUCUACUUUUAAGGCUAGGCUUAAAACUUUCCUUUUUGAUAAAGCUUAUAGUUAGAGUGGCUUAGGUUAUCCUGAGCUAUCUUCCUUAUUUUUACCUCUGUCUUCCUUUACUUCUGUCUUCCUCCCUCCCUGUUGGAUCGAGUAAAUUAUCAUCAUUUCCCCUGAAAACACACCGGAUAAGUUACCAGCUGCUCCCGGGCCAGAAAAUUUGACGGAGAACGUAUCUCUGAAAGAAGCAGCAGCAGCUGAUUUGAUCAAGCAAACUAAAGCCAAUAACAAACUUGGAAUACAGCCAUCAGCUGUGGAGCAGCAAGAUGCACCCAAAGAUUCGAACCUGAAGCCGCCCACCAGAAGGUCACUUUUCAAAGAUCAGGACAGCGUUCAACACAAGCGCAUCAGUCCAGUGCAACAAGAAGCGAAAUCUGGAGCUUUUAUCGCACAGACCCGGAUUUGUUUUUACAGAAUAUUUAACACCAGCCAAAAGACAGCGACUCUCUGCUCUGCAUACCAGAGCAACGCUUGUGAGAGCCUUAAUGAGCGAGAUAACGUUGAUGGUAGGACAGAUCCGUUCCAGACCCGGACAGCAUCGUUGCAGAAAGAAAGUUUCUACGGCCGCACGGGACCGUCGAAAUAAAACCUCAUCCCUAACGCUUUUGGCAGCAUGUCAGAUUCUGUUACAGAAGCUGUUUGGUGACAUCAAGGUGAUUUUAAACUGAACUGAUCACUGUGUUGUUGUUUUUUUGUUGGUUUGUUUGAUUUUUCUUAUGCUCAUAUAAAUGGAUAACCGAAUCACACUUGCCCUGGAUGAAAUAAAAAAUUUAGUAGCUGAGCUUAACAAAAUCCCUAUACCUGCACAUGUUUUAGAGGAUGAAUCAUCUCUUGUUAACAACCACAAUGAAGAUCAGCACGGUGACUUUUUAAACUUAUUAGAUCAGGCUAUUGAAGAAUUAAACAGACCGUCUCCACCUGACCAAAAUUUUAACUUAUUAGACCAGAUUCUUGAAAAUUGAAAUACACCGUCUCCACCCGACAGUCAUCAGAAUCCUUCAACAUCACACAGUGCGGUGCAGCACGGGGGUAAUUCCAAUCAGGAGAUAGCAGUCAACUCUGGUCAGAUUGAACAAAAUCCUCCUACUGUUGUUGUUGAACGUGAACGUUUUAAAAACCAUGAAAUAAGGAGACCUUUUACCAUCCCGCCGCCCUGUCCGGGUAACGUUCCAGCAUUCUAUACAAACAUCAUGUGUAUUCUCAUUGAAUUAGCCGACGCCGCAAGAUCUUUAACCAGACGUAACGACGUUGUGCAGCUGGAAUUAGUGGGUGAAAAUCUCAAUCGUCAUGUCACAUUUACUGUUACAGAUGAUGGAAAUAUGAUCCUGCCUGCUUUUGAGGACUUUUUGGACGAGUUAGUACAGUCGAAUGCUGAUGUACCUGUAGACAAUAACCUGGAAUUUGUUCUUCAGGUAGUUAAUGAUCCAGCAGGAGGGUCUAAACGUAAGGCUACAGGAACGUUAGACUGUGAACUGAUUAAUAGAUGCUGCAAGGCAUCUAUUAAUCAGUUCACAUUAAUGCGCUUGAGAAUGAAUUUACCACUUUUUUUCCUAGGUCAUUGUUUUCAUACAUCAACAUCAACUGCUAGUAGGGUUUUCAACAACACACUGAAUGUUAUGUAUUUCCGGCUGUGUAAUAUUAUAAGGUGGCCAAGCAGAGAUCAGAUUUUAAUUAGUCUUCCCAUGUGUUACAGAAAAAACUUCAAAAAUUGUACUAGUAUUAUUGACUGCUUUGAGAUAUUCAUUGAAAGACCUAAAGAGAUGAGAGCACGUGCACAAACCUAUUCACAAUAUAAACAUCAUAAUACAGUUAAGUAUCUCAUUUCCAUAACACCACAAGGGGUCAUUAGCUUUGUUUCAAAAGGUUGGGGUGGUAGGACAAGUGAUAAGUAUGUGACGGAGCAUAGUGGAUAUCUUGACCUGUUGUCCCCUGGGGAUGUGGUUCUUGCUGACAGAGGGUUUAAUGUAGCAUAUUCUGUAGGACUUGUCAAUGCACAACUCAAGAUACCUGCCUUUACCAAAGGAAAAGCACAGCUUCACCCAGAAGAAAUCGAGUCAUCGAGAGGACUGGCAGCUGUGGGCAUCCAUGUGGAGAGGAUUAUAGGACUUGUAAGGAAUAAGUAUACUAUUUUGCAAGGAACCAUACCCAUAUCACUUUGUUGUUCAGCCUCAGAUGGACUCACGCCACUAGACAAAAUGGUGAAAGUGUGUUGUACCCUCAGUAAUCUUUGCCCUCCUGUUGUUCCACCAGAGUGAUGACAUGCAGAAUUAAACAUCCCAAACCACAAAGUAUUUCAUUUUGAAAUAAAUCUGACUUUUGUUGAUCAAACAAUAUACUUGUUUCAUUAUUACAAUAUUUAAUGUUUUAAAGGUUUACUACUGAAGAGAAACAUGAGAAACAUGUCACAAUU